UUAGGAAGCCGGCAUGGCGCUCCGGUCAAUAAAAUCGAUAGCUGGAAACUGCCUGUGUUCCAGGCAAAGGCGGUGCAGCAGCAGCGCCGCCAUUUUCCCCGAAGGCAUCUUCCGGUGCCUUUCACCCAAGUUUGGGCAGGAGUUUCCUGAAUAACAGCGAAAGGUUUCCUUUAGCCCCGCAGGCGGCCGAGUCCGAUUCCCGCCGGGCCUCCCCGGCCACGCUCAGCCCUGGUCCGGCUCCUAAACGCCGGGGUCCGCCCGCGCCCAGGGGCCGAGGCCGGGACGGGGAAGGCCGUGGCGCCGGCUUCUCGGGUCCAAUGGCGCCGCCUUCGGCUCCGCUCUCCGCGCGGGGACCAGGAGAAGCCGGGCCCAGUCGGAGAAGGGGAAGGAGGCCGAGGGCCGUGAGGUUCGCGGACGUGGCCGUGUACUUCUCCCCGGAGGAGUGGGGGUGUCUGCGGCCGGCGCAGAGGGCCCUGUACCGGGACGUGAUGCGCGAGACCUACGGCCACCUGGGCGCGCUCGGAUGCGCAGGUCCCAAACCAUCUCUCAUCUCCUGGUUGGAACGAAAUACAGAUGAUUGGGAACCGGCUGCCCUGGAUCCGCAGGAGUAUCCGAGAGGGGUAACAGUCCAGAGAAAAACCAGAACCAGAAAGAAGAAUGGGGAGAAGGAAGUAUUCCCACCGAAGGAGGCACCCCGAAAGGGGAAACGGGGGCGGCGGCCCAGCAAACCCCGACUGAUCCCCAGGCAGACGUCCGGGGGCCCCAUCUGCCCUGACUGUGGCUGUACUUUCCCUGAUCACCCGGCCCUGGAGAGCCACAAGUGUGCCCAGAAUCUGAAAAAGCCUUACCCUUGCCCAGACUGUGGGCGCCGCUUUUCCUACCCAUCCCUGCUGGUCAGCCACCGGCGGGCGCAUUCUGGUGAGUGCCCCUAUGUUUGUGAUCAGUGUGGCAAACGUUUCUCCCAGCGCAAGAACCUCUCCCAGCACCAGGUUAUCCAUACAGGCGAGAAGCCCUACCACUGCCCUGACUGUGGCCGCUGCUUCCGGAGAAGCCGGUCUUUGGCCAAUCACCGGACCACGCACACGGGUGAGAAACCCCACCAGUGCCCUAGCUGCGGGCGUCGCUUCGCCUACCCCUCCUUGCUAGCCAUCCACCAGCGUACACACACGGGAGAGAAGCCCUACACCUGCCUGGAGUGCAACCGCCGCUUCCGCCAGCGCACCGCCCUGGUCAUCCACCAGCGCAUCCACACUGGCGAGAAGCCCUACCCGUGUCCAGACUGUGAGCGACGUUUCUCCUCAUCCUCUCGCCUGGUCAGUCACCGGCGUGUGCACUCUGGGGAGCGUCCCUACGCCUGCGAGCACUGCGAGGCCCGCUUCUCCCAGCGCAGCACGCUGCUCCAGCACCAGCUCUUGCAUACAGGGGAGAAGCCCUACCCCUGCCCAGACUGUGGACGUGCCUUCCGGCGGAGCGGCUCCCUGGCCAUACAUCGCAGCACACACACCGAGGAGAAGCUGCAUGCCUGUGACGACUGUGGUCGCCGCUUCGCCUACCCCUCACUGCUAGCCAGCCACCGGCGUGUGCACUCAGGCGAGCGGCCCUAUGCCUGCGACCUUUGCUCCAAGCGCUUUGCCCAGUGGAGCCACCUAGCUCAGCACCAGCUCCUGCACACUGGGGAGAAACCUUUCCCCUGCCUUGAGUGUGGCCGAUGCUUCCGCCAGAGGUGGUCUCUGGCCGUCCACAAGUGUAUCCCCAAGGCCCAAAACUGUGGCCCUAGAUCUGCUAUUGGGGGGCCCAGCCAGAGAGGCAGUGUUCUUUAGAAUGGGAAGGACUGUAUAAGUUCAUUUCAUUUCAUGGAGGGGCCCAGGAAAGAGAAGGAAAAGACUUAGGUCAUACGGGGCAGAGUCAGAAUAAAACCCAGGUCUCCUGCUCCACUGGCCUGAACUUGAGUAUAUUCCACCGCAAUGACUGCCUUACUGUGCGUGUCUACAACAGUCCUAUUAGGAGAGGUGACAUCAUGUCGUUAAGGUUUACCAGGCUACCCUAUCCUAAAAUAAUUCGUGUGUGUGGAUGUCAAAGCUAAAAGUUCUCCCCAUCUAUUUUAGGGGCUGUCUGCUUUUCUAGCUAGUGCAUAUGGGGAUUACCUGUCCCCUUGCCUGCAGUCGGGAGAAUCCCAUUUGUAGAGGGCAGGACCUUCCCCUACUCUGCCUCUUUCUCCAUACCAAGUUGGAAAAACCUGGUUUAGCUUACCUUUUACAACACUCCUGCCGACUGGUCUUCUACUCCUUGCUUGAAAACUUCUGUUGACAGGGAGUUCAGUAGCUCACAAGGCAGGUCAUUUCAUUGGUGAUGGCGCUGAUCUUUAGAAAGUUAAAUACCACAUCCUUCUCUGUAAAUUCUUUCCAGAAUAUGUCUGAUACUUCAUCUACAUGGCAGCCCUUCAGAUAACUUAAUCACUUUUCCCUUAAGCUUUCAGGUUAAAUAGCACUAAUUUGGUCAAGCAUUCCUUAAAGACAAGGUUUCAACUCCCACACAUCUCUCUCCAAACAGGCACUGAUUUUUCAAUAUUUCUUUUAAAGGAUCAUACAAAAAUAAGGCAGCACCUACAGUGUACACUGUAUAUCUCCUUGGUCUGUACUUGUUUUAACAGCUCUAGGUUGCACUGGAUUUGGAGGCAGCUGCACUGUACCAGGGGUUUGUUGGGUUGCAAACAUCUAAAUGCUCUUAGCUUUUUUUCUCUAAACCACAUACUAUAAAGCUAAGUCUUCUUCACCCUGUGUUUGGAAAAUUGGUUCAGGCUGGGUAUGAGAUAUAAGCACGGUAAGCUUUGGGAGAAGAUUGGUCUUAAGGAAAAGCAGGAGACCUGUGGUCUAUCAGCAAGAAGUGAAAAUGGGACUGGCUUGUUAUACUGCACCUAGUUCCAGGCAGUCAGUUGCUGGAAAAUCCUUGAGAACUGGAUCUUAUUCCUCCCUGAUUCUCAUUAGAAUAAAGAGAAUCAGCAAAGAAGCUUCCGUGAGGCCUCAGUCAACAUUUUUUCAUAAAAUGAGGUGAGGCCAUUCAAGGAGGGUGGAAAGUUAGAUAACUGAAUAUGGAGAGGAAGAGUGUACAGUCAUCAAGUUGUGUCCACGCCUGCCUGCCUCACAUAAGCUACUGAGGGCAGUGGCAGCAGUGUGUCUUAAUCCCUGAUACGCCUCCAUGGCACACACUGAGUAGGUGCUCAGUAAAGCUUUACUGAAUUAAAUGUGAACAAGGCCUACCACUUUGUCUUGGGCAGCUGCACCAAAUUGGAAUUUCCAAACAUGACUCUCAUAUUCCAGCAGCUGGAGUGGGUCAUGCUCCUACCCUGUUGCCUCUUCCUACAGCUGCCCUGGUCUCAGCCCGACUGAGGAGCAGCUGGGGAACACAGCGUUUUGUAAUUACCUCUGUUUGGGUGUUUAGCAAGUUGCAUUGUAACUGUUUGUUUGUUUCUCCUUGGAUGAUGAGCUACCCCCAGGCAGGGGUCAUACCAGAUUGGGACCCAAUAA